UAGGAUGUUAAAAGAAGUCAUAGGUAUUUUUUGGUAUUGGCUAGGUGUUUCCCGAGAAAGAGAAAAGAGAAAGGUGCCCCAAUUUUGAAAUCAAAUCCCAAUCCCAAUCACUCUCACACUCACUCACUCCAAUUCUCUUCUUCUUCUUCUUCUGUGAUGCCAGUUCGAAUCAAGAAUUGAGGCAAAGCGAAGAUCAGAGUGAGUGUGAGAGAGAGAAAAUGGUUUCGUAUGUGAACAUCUUGUUGUACGGCGUGGGAGGGUUGGUGGUAGCAGGGAUGGCAUUGCUGGUGGCGUUUCAGGAGAAGCUCGUCUAUGCUCCGGUGCUUCCAGGUCUCACCAAGUCCUACGCCAUCAAUCCCUCUCGCCUCAGACUCACCUACGAGGACAUCUGGCUCCGCUCCUCCGACGGCGUUCGCCUCCACGCCUGGUUCAUCAAGCUCUUCCCCGAUUGCCGAGGUCCGACCAUUUUGUUUUUUCAAGAAAAUGCUGGAAAUAUUGCUCAUCGUCUUGAAAUGGUUCGAAUAAUGUUGCAGCAGUUACAUUGCAAUGUUUUCAUGCUUUCUUACCGAGGUUAUGGAGCAAGUGAUGGUUAUCCUUCUCAACCUGGAAUCAUAAAGGAUGCUCAAGCUGCAUUGGACCACCUUUCCCAAAGGUCUGAUAUUGACACAUCUAGAAUUGUUGUAUUUGGACGAUCACUUGGGGGUGCAGUUGGAGCUGUACUAACAAAAAAUAACCCUGACAAGGUUGCUGCUCUGAUACUUGAAAAUACAUUCACGUCUAUAUUGGAUAUGGCUGGAGUUUUGUUCCCCUUUUUGAAGUGGUUUAUUGGAGGAAGCUCUGGAAAAGGUCCUAAAGUGCUCAAUUUUCUUGUACGUUCCCCAUGGAGUACUAUUGAUGUUGUUGGCCAGAUCAAACAACCUAUCCUAUUUCUCUCUGGAUUGCAAGAUGAGAUGGUCCCCCCAUCACAUAUGCAACUGCUUUAUGCUAAGGCAGCUGCUCGUAAUAAUCAGUGUCUCUUUGUGGAGUUUCCUACUGGCAUGCAUAUGGAUACUUGGCUGGCUGGUGGUGAUCACUACUGGAGAACAAUUCAGCAAUUUCUUGAACAGCAUGCCCCAGUGCGAAAGGAGCAAAAUGCAAAUGGUAAUCUUUUUUCCUCAUGCUGUGUUUUAAAGCUAGGCCAGUAGCAUGGAUGGGUUAAGAGCGUGGGAUAACUUUUACUUAGUGUGCGUUUGGUUUACCGUUUACAAGGCACCAGAAGUACUUUCACACUUUCCAAAGCAAAAAUGGAGAAGGAAGUAUAUUGGUGGAUUGGGAAAGACGUGGGUUACGUUAGACCCAACUUUUCACAAACACUGCAUGAAUAAUUUACAAUUUUGUAUUUCAGAUGUGAAAGUUUUCUUGUUCUUUUUGUCUUUUCCUUUUUGUUAGGCUCUGCAUCUACGAUCUGUCCAUGUGUUAUUCUCUAACUUGAUAUAUCCUUUGUUGCGAUUGAUAUUUGUUCCUCUUUUAACCACACUGCUGGCAAUACUUUUUUAUUUUUGCGCUUGCUCACUUGUUUUAAUACUGCUGCCAGAUAUUGGGGCGAGAUGAUUGGCUGGCAUUAAAUUAUUUCAAUGAUACUAAUUGGCUAACUAAGGAUUCACACAGUUUCUGUCCUUUGAAGUUGCUGCCCUUGAGAGCUCCAUGUGAGAAGCUGCUUCCUACUUGGACAUGCUGCCCCACGUCAAGGUAUAUAUCAUUGAACAAUUUUGAUUAGGUUGUGGUUUCCAGAAUUUGGAAGAUGCGCAGACAAUUUGUGCUACCCUUUUCCUAUACUGUUACGGCAUCUACAUUUUGGGUGCAUGAUCGAAUUUGACAAAUGACAUGUAGAAUAAUAAUUAUUUACAUAAGCUAUAUUAUAUAUACAUGUAGUGUUUGUACUA